GGGAAACGGGACAGUCUGAGGAAAACUCUCAGCCUGGAAGCGUAUUUGGCACGAACGAGGACAUUUUCGCCUUCAGAAGUAUUUUGCGACCAAGAAGAAGAAUUUACCAAUCAGAUUUCGACAAUAUAACCUCUUUUCUCCUUUCAUCGGGAAUACUAUUUCGAUUUUUUUUUACAGAUGGACGACUUAGGAGUUCCUGAUCCGUCUAACUACCCUCUCAGUCCUCGUAUUGUUAUGUUUGAUGCUCUUCUUGCUGAUCUGGAGAAUUCAGCAUUCCCUCUGACCCGCUGUCCCGUCCUGCUGACCUCUGACCCUCCAGUGACCUCUGACCCCUCGUCCAGUGCUCAAGAUCCUGCCCAGACCCGACCCCCUCCUCCUGCAUACACACCACAACAAACUGUUUCUGCCGCGAUGAAGUCAAACGGCUCUCAGAACUCAAACCCAGACAAACUUUACAGUACAGUAUGUAAGCCGCGCUCACCGUGCACCGCAGAGCCUCCUCCUGCCUUCACUUCCUCUUCAGUUCUGGGAGGCGGUCUCAGUGAACUCGAUCAUUUACUGCAGGAGCUCAAUGCCACACAGUUCAACAUCACAGAUGAGAUUUUGGCCCAGUUCCCCACCACCAAAAAAGAUGAAAAGUCUUCAAAGUCUGGGCCAUCCCCUCCUGGCUCAGUGAAACCUUCAGCUACAUCUGCUACUCUAGAGCUGGACAAACUAAUGGCGUCUCUGUCAGACUUCAGAGUCCAAAGCACACCAGCAGCACCUGUCAGCUCUGUGAGCACUUCACCGCAGCAGACUGGAGCUCCGCCCCCUACCUCCUCUGGAGGCUCAUUGGACAGCAUGUUGGGUCUCCUCCAAUCAGAUCUGAGCAGGCAAGGAGUGCCCACCUCCUCUAAGGGGAACUGUUCUGCCUGUCAGAAACCAGUUGUAGGACAGGUUGUGACGGCUCUUGGGCGAGUUUGGCAUCCCGAGCAUUUUGUUUGCUCCGAGUGUGAGUGUGAGCUCGGCAAUCAGAAUUUCUUUGAGAAAGACGGCCGACCGUACUGCGAAUCAGAUUAUUUCACCCUGUACUCACCUCACUGUGCACAGUGCAACAAGCCCAUUCUCAACAAAAUGGUGACUGCACUGGACAAGAACUGGCAUCCAGAAUGCUUCAGUUGUGUGAAAUGCAGCCGGACGUUUGGAGAUGAAGGUUUUCAUGAUCGUGAGGGGCAGCAGUACUGCCAACAGUGUUUUCUGUCUCUCUUUGCCUCUCGUUGUCAGGGCUGCUCUCAGCCCAUCAUGGAGAACUACAUCUCAGCUCUGAGUGCUCUGUGGCAUCCACAAUGCUUUGUGUGCAGGGAAUGCUAUAGUCCAUUUGUGAAUGGCAGUUUCUUUGAGUAUGAGGGGCAGCCCUUGUGUGAAGCCCACUACCACCAGUCCAGAGGCAGCGUAUGCCAGGCAUGCCAGCAGCCCAUCCUGGGGCGCUGUGUCACUGCCAUGGGCGCCAAGUUUCACCCGCACCAUCUGGUGUGCCACUUUUGCCUGAAACCCCUCAGUAAGGGAUGCUUCAAAGAGCAGGAGAACAAGCCAUACUGCCAUCCCUGCUUCAUCAAACUCUUCGGCUGAGAACACUGACAUGAGAUGAUGAGGAGGUAUUCUCCGCGGCAUCCACACACAACUCACCACGCGCCCCACCGAGAGUGAGAACCACAUUAUAGUGACCACGAGGAGGUUACCCCAUGUGACUCUACCCUCCCUAGCAACUGGGCCAAUUUGGUUGCUUAGGAGACCUGGCUGGAGCCACUCAGCACACUCUGGAUUCGAACUCGCGACUCCAGGGGUGGUAGUCAUCGUCUUUACUCGCUGAGCUACCCAGGCCCCAGUAAACAGCUUUAUUAAAAAUUAUGCUUUAUCUCUAGAAUGUAUAGGCAACUUUACCCCUCUUAAGUGCAUAUGUGGGUUGAAAAAGAGCCAGGUGACAUCUAGAUGCUUAUUCUUUAUUUAACUACUUCUUUCUCUAGGAACAUUAACUGUAAUGAUAAUUUUAUUUGUAAUUUACAUUUUUAAAUUACAUAUAUUUUGACAUAUAUUUUAUUAAAUUCUGAAGAGUUGCAAAAACAUUGAAAAUGAAGCAGGACUUUUGGGUGACAGUGUAAAAAAGCCUGUAUAACAGAAAUGUGGGCAAUUUCCAUGUUUGGUGGUAAGAAAUGAAAUGUCCCUUUUUGCAAAAACAUAAAUGUUAUAAACUUGUAAAAUGAAAACCAUAUGUACUUUAUAUUGCCGAAUUACACUAUAUUUCUAUAUUUACUCUUUGUAGCUUUAUUUGUUGUUCAGAGCACAUGAGACCUUACGCACAGCUGGUGCAACCCUACCCAGAAACCCUCGCCCAGGCCACCCAGCUGAGGGUGAUCAUGCCCCAGCUUGUGUCCAAGUAGCUUUUGUCAUCCACAAAUCGCCUCGCUUGAUCCAUAGCCAUCUCGAUGCCCUCUCCGCUGCAUCCAUGAUGUUCAUGAUGGCCUUUCUUCUGUGCAGCCCUGUGAUUGAGUGAGCUUGAGUGCACUGAACAGAGACUGGCUGGCAAAGCCUCUGCAAGCAACUUCAACAGGCUCACACCUAGCCCUCCAACCAUGAAUGCGGCAUUCGCCUACCAAGCCCUCAUACUUGGCCCUCUUCCUCUCAUACACCUCUUCAAUACGGUCUUCCCAGGGGACCGUCAGCUCCUGCAGGACCACCUGCCUUGUUGUUUCAGACCUCAGGACCAUGUCUGGUCUGAGGGUGGUCAAUGCAAUGGUAUCUGGGAAUCUGAGCUGUCUCCGUAGGUUGACCAGAAGCUUCCAGUCUUCUGCUGUGGCAAGGAGCCCACCUGCUGUUCUUGGCUGUGUAUGGGGGUACUCUCCCUCCCUGACGAAGGUGAUGCUCUUCUUUGCUGGGAGGUUCUGCUUAUUACUUUAUAUCCCUACACAGAUGGCAUCAGUUAAUGCCCUCAGGACCUGGUCAUGAUACCAGCAGUAGUGCCCCAGGGCCUUUGGGCAGCAGCUCAAUAUGUGCUCCUGGGAUCCCUUUUUUGGCACAGUGGGCAUGCUGGUGUUUCUGCCAAGCCCUAGCAGAAGAGGUUUGAUGGGCUGGGCAGAACAUCAUAGACUAACUGGACCAGAAACUUAAUCUGAGAUGGUUCGGCCCUCCAGAACUCUGACCAAGAGAUCUUCUGGUCCAGUGUUUGCUCCCAUCUUGUCCACGCACCCUGCUGCCACAUCCCCGCCAUCCUACCCAAGAGAACUUCCUCCACCCCUGCUCGCACCUCCUCCAGCACCAACUGAUGCCUCGCUUUCCCCCAGGCUUCACUGUAGCAAGGUCUGGUAAAGCCACCCAGCCCGGCUCGUCCCACUGCCACAGAUCCCACCAGGUCUGCAUGCCUCAACUGUGCUUCAGCCUGGUCGACUGCCUGCUGUGCCCUCCACUUCCUCACGAUCCUCACCUCAAUGCCCACUCUGGAGACCUUGGUGUCGCUAGAGUCUCUGUAUAGCAGUACUCUCUUGCACGGGUGACCAUGAAUUCCUCCGUCAGACUGCUUAAGGGGAGCUGGAGUUUGUUCUUCCUCUCGUACAAGGCAAUGCUGGAUAGGCUUCGAGGUAGGCCUAGCCACCUACAUAGGAAGCUGCUUAUUCUUCUCUCGAAGCCUUCAACAGUGGUCAGUGGGACCUCAUACACUAGUAGGGGCCAGGGGACUCAUGGUAAAAUGCCAUGCUGAUAUUUCCAGGCAUUGAAUUUCCCAGGCAGUCCUGAUUUGUCUACUGCUUUCAACCAAGCUUCCAACUCCUUACUGGUUGUCUGAAGUGAUGCAGUGUUCUUCAGGGUGCUGUUAAACACCUUGCCCAGACUCCAGUGGUGGACAAAGUACACUAAUCCUGUAGUUGAGUAAAAGUACAGAUACCCUGAUAAAAUAUUACUCCAGUAAAAGUGAAAUUACUCCUUUUAUAUUUCCACUUGAGUAAAAGUACAAAAAUAUUUGCUUUCAAAUGUACUUAAGUAUCAAAAGUAAAAAGUACUGGUCUAUUUAAGGGAUAGUUACCACAAAAAUUUAAAUUCUUCCAUUAUUUGCUCACCCCCUCACCAUACCAGAUGUGUAUGACUUUAUUUCUUC